GGCGGAACACUGAUGUACUACAAAAAGCGCCUUUAUAACUAAAAACGAAGCAGAAGUUAAAACCGGAAGUGUAACCUGUCUAACCUCACGUUCCUCACAGCCAUUGACUCAACAGGAAAACAAGUGCAAUAUCAUCUACAAAGAAACUGGAUAUGAAGAAGCAAGACACGGAAGAGUCGGUCGCCUCAUGCAAUGAGGAUGCUCCAUUUGCCAUAGAGGGAACGGAGUCACCCGCAAUUGCAAAGGACAGACUGGACAGCGGCCCUAAAAAGUCCCAAACACCACCUGGGGGCGACGAGGCAGUGAGUGAAGGUACGUUAGCUCACUCUCAAUGCGACAAGGCUGACGAGUUGAGCCGGCAGCUGGAGGACAUCCUCAGCAUCUACUGCAGACAGAGCCGUUCCGACGAUGCUGGCGCCCUUGCCAAUGGCCAGUCGCACAGUCCUGAGCUAAACGGGGUGGAGAAAGAGGAUGACAAGCCGAGCAAAUCCAAGGGUGGCAGCGGAGGUGAGAAGGAACAGAAGAAGACACAGGAGAAGAAAAAAGUGAAGGGUCUAGGCAAAGAAAUCACACUCCUCAUGCAAACUCUCAACACACUGAGCACACCAGAGGAUAAACUAGCAGGCCUCUGUAAAAAGUAUGCUGAACUGCUGGAAGAGCACCGCGAUAGCCAGAAGCAGAUGCGAGCGCUGCAGAAGAAGCAGACGCAGCUGGUGCAGGAGAAGGACAACCUGAGGAACGAACACAGCAAGGCCAUUCUGGCUCGCAGCAAACUAGAGAGUCUCUGCAGGGAGCUGCAGAGACACAAUCGCACACUCAAGGAAGAAGGCAUCCAGAGGACCCGUCUGGAGGAGGAGAAAAGAAAGGAAGUAACAUCUCAUUUCCAGGUGACGCUCAAUGACAUCCAGGUGCAGAUGGAGCAGCACAAUGAGAGGAACGCCAGCCUGCGGCAGGAAAACACGGAACUGGCCGAGAAGCUCAAAAAGCUCUACGAGCAGUACAAGUUACGGGAGGAGCACAUCGACAAAGUGGUGAAGCACAAGGACCUGCAGCAGCAGCUGGUGGACACCAAACUUCACCAGGCGCAGGAGCUGCUCAAAGAGUCGGAGGAGCGCCACGACAGAGAGAAAGAUUUUCUGCUGAAAGAGGCAGUGGAGUCUCAGCGGAUGUGCGAGCUGAUGAAGCAGCAGGAAGGUCACCUCAAGCAGCAGCUGUCACUCUACACGGAGAAGUUUGAGGAGUUCCAGACCACCUUGUCCAAGAGCAACGAGGUGUUCACCACCUUCAAGCAGGAGAUGGAGAAGAUGACCAAGAAGAUCAAGAAGCUGGAGAAGGAGACGGCCAUGUAUCGCUCCAGGUGGGAGAGCAGCAACAAGACUCUUGUGGAGAUGGCUGAGGAGAAAGCCGUACGAGACCGUGACUUCGAGGCCCUCCAGGGCAAAGUGCAGCGGCUGGAGAAGUUGCGGCGAGCCCUCAAAGUGGAACGCAACGAACUCAACAAGAAAGUACAGACCCUCAGCGGGAUCUCAGAGGCACCCGCCUCCGACGCCGCGGCCGACUCCCCUUCCCCUCCACCGACGAACUCUCUGCCAGAAGGUGGCGGCGAGGCCUUGGAUGCCACCAGCAGCCCUGACACCCCUGAAGAGAACACAGACGCGCUGCAGCCUGUCACCAUGCAGGAAUGAUCAGUGUUGAUUUGUAUUUCCUGGAGGAACCAGUGACUUCUUUCAGGGGACUUCCUGUUCAUUUACAUGCACAUUGCAGCUGCAUUGACUGUGAAUCACAUGGUACAGGGUACAUGGUUUCCAGCAAUAUAGCCUCACAGCCCUCAGAUUAUCAUUAAAAUACUACUUGGCAUGUGUGUAAACCUCAGCAGUGCUAACUCAUGUUACAUUCACCCCCCCUUUGACAAACUAAUGCUUACAGAGCCAAUAACACACACACACACACACACACACACACACUGAGGUCCUUUAGUAACAUGCAGUAUUGUCAACACCACCUCACUAAGGAUGUCAAGUAAUAUUGGCCAGUAUGAAUGUUCACAUUUUGCAGUGUUCAGGGACCGCUAUGCAACACAUUGCGUUGAUUGUGUGGGAGUUUGAAGUGAAAAGCACUUAGAAUGUACCUUCAUCAUAUCCACCGUGCUGUGUCAACACACACGAUCCUGGUCUAAGUUGUAAUCAUUGAGACAAGUUGAAAAUGUUUUUAUUCCACAUGACUGGUCAUUAUUUCUCUAAAUACUAAUUCUUGUGUAGCGCUGGAAACAAAUCCUUCCUCCCAUGUCUCACUAAACUCAUUGAACAUGUAAAGGAACCAAAGAUAUUCCUUGUCCUUUCUUUUGC